AUGGCACAGUCAGGUCCAAGCCACGCUCUUAAGACCUCUCUUCCCGAGACAUAUGCCGCCGUCAAUGCCCAGCAACCCCCACCUUCAUACCUAUACCCUACACAAGAAGAGCAAGAUAAAUACCUAGAAGGUAGGCCCGGAGCAACUCAGCAGCACCUCGAAAUCGCUCUGGAACACGCACACUCCUCGAGCUCCCCUCCUCCCCCGACUGCCGACCCUGCCGCACCAUCUCAAGAAGAUACUAUAAAAUUCAAAUAUGCGCUGGCUCCAUUCCGCCCCAGCGACUACGACAAUCUGAUCCUGGAGCGAAAUUUUGAAGACUCGUGCGGAUACACUCUAUGUCCUCGCAAGUAUCGCAAGGGAAACAGAGGCCCAGGAGGCGGAUUCCAAUUUAAAUACGGCCCCAAAGGAAGUGGCCCAGGGGGGCGUGGACGCAGCGUCGAUAUCGUUUCUGAGGACCGCGUCGAAAAGUGGUGCUCAGAUGCAUGCGCAGAGCGUGCUCUUUGGAUCCGGGUGCAGCUUUCCGAGAAGCCUGUGUGGGAACGACGGGCCGGUGAUACGCGGGGUACGAGUAUUCUACUGCUUGAAGAAGCUCGCGCCAAGCGCUUGAAGGCACCAGCCGCUACUAGCAGUGUAUCCUCCGUUGUCGAUGAUUUGCAGAGCAUGGGACUUGGGAAUCGCGAUCGGUCCCGGGAGCUUGCCUUGGAACGCGGUGAUACCAGCACGAUUCGUCCGGAUGGGCGUGUUAACGUCAAUAUCAAAGAGAAUCAACGUGGUUUGCAGCAGGCUCCUGGCGCUCCACAAAUGCGCCCGGAGGAUGCAAAUGGCGGUUCCAUCGAAGGAUAUGUGCCCAGGGAGCACCGAAGCGUGGAUCAAGAUGGAGACAUAGAUUUACUCGAUCAGAUUUGA